AUGAUACCUGUGUUGUGCAAUAUCUUUGGUAGUGAUAAGGUUGAUAAUACAAUAAAUGAUAAGAAUAAUUCGAAAAUUGAUCAAAAUAUACGAACAAUACGUCGUGCUAUUACUACUACUAUUACUGCUAUUGUUAUUACGGUUAUUACUAUUACCAUUACCAUUACUAUUACCACUACUAUUACUACUACGAUGCCAAUACCAUCGAUCACCGUAAUUUUUUCCGCCGAAACAACUUGUCGUCUGAUUGUUCGGUGA